GAGAUGAAUGCUGAUGAAGAUGGGGACCCCGAUGAUGGCUGGGGGCAUCACAUCAUCUCCUGGGGAUGUGGAGAAUUCGGUCAGCAUUGCCAUGGUUACAAGGAAGACGUGGAAUUCUCCAAAGGCCUUCUGAAGGGAUUCCCCUCGGGGCAGACCAAAUUUAUUGCAUGUGGGGCUAGUCACACUAUUCUAGUCACAGAUAACAAUGAAAUAUAUUCCUGGGGAAAUGGAAACAGUGGACAACUUGGUAAUAAUGAUAAACAACUCCAGUGGCAGCCAGAAAAGGUUCAUCUCUAUGACGACGCCCAAGAAACCCUCCCAGACGUAGGCGGGCUAGCCUGUGGAGGCAGACACUCUAUGGUGUGGCUAUCCAAUGGGAACGUGUUUAGCUUUGGCAACAACUUCCAUGCUCAACUAGGUUAUGAUUAUAGAGCACUGAAUUAUAAAGAAAACCAGGUUAAGCCACAUCUUUUAAAGUUUCUGAUACACAAGCCAGUUGUCCAAAUUUCUUGUGGAGAAAAACAUUCAGUGUUCAGAUUUCAAGAUGGGACAAUUGCAUGUGUGGGAUCCAAUGCCAAUGGUCAGAUAGGGAGUGGAACAUUGGAGGAGGCAACAGUUCCUGUCACGGUAGAAAUGUCCAAACCGGUCAGAUACGUAGCCUCAGGGGCCAAUCACAAUCUAGUGAUCACUGAUGAGGGGGAAGUUUAUGUGUGGGGGUAUGGUAAAGCUUGUGGUAAGAACAACGAUGUCCUGUUUCCAGAGAAAGUGCCCCUCAAAAACAAGAGAGUGACUCAGGUAGCGGGGGGAUCCGCCCACAGUCUGGCACUGACAGCAACAGGCAGAGUGUAUGUUUGGGGAAGCGGUACCGAUGGACAGUUAGGGUUGUCCAAAGCCGUUACAUUUCAAAGUUCUCCAAAGAAAGUCCACCACUUGCAACUAAGGAACAAUGUAGUGCAGGUUGAAACAGGAGAGUACUACAGUGCAGUAAUCACAGAAAAUGGGGAUCUUUUUUUCUGGGGGAAGAACAGCCAUGUUAUUAGACCUGAUAAACCAUCCAAUUCUAAAUUCUGGUUGCCAUUUCACAUCAACAAAGGUCUGAAACCUGUCCGGGCUGUGUACUGUGGCUCCUGGCAUGCAGUUGCUCUAAGUGGUUAUCCAGAAUCGGUACUGCAACAUCAAAAUCAUUUAGAAGUUUUAAAUCAAGAGUUCCCAAUGGCUUCUCCAGUAAAUGGUGAACAUGAGAAUGAUGACACAUCAUCGGAGAGUGAAGGAGAUUUUACGGAGUUACCCAAGAUAAAAUCCAACAAAGAUUACACUAAAAACAAGGAAUCAACUAAAAUCAGUAUUGCUGACUUCUAUGCUGGUCAAGACAUCUAUUCUGAUGAAGGAGAGGAACAAAGUCCAGCUAAUUUUUGUGAGGAAAAAAACGAACGUUUGAAACCUGACACAAUGCAGACAGAUAAACCAGAAAGUGCUAAAUCUCAUAUUAUUGUUCAAGUUCCGCGUCCAUCUAACACAGUCGUAGAUGUGGCUACCUCACCUAUACCAUUCAGUGACUCAGAAUCGGAGAGUGAAAGUGGUUCUAAGACACCACAAGUUCUUGCCAAACCAGUGAGUGCUAAAUUUAACAAAGUGCCUCAGAUUAACUUGGAGCCAAUACAAGUGGCUCCAAGUGAUUCAAAAUUAGUAAACAAUAUACAUGCUACUGGCCUUAAGUCUGAUAGAAAUCAUGCAAAAAUUAGUGUUCAGCCAAAGUAUUUUCCACCCCCUCUUGAGAGAGAAAGAGAAAGGACAACUUUAAGUAAGCCCCCAACAACUGUGAUACAGUUGAGCAAGUCAACUGCAGACAAUUUUGCAUUACCAAGAGAAAACACCAAUUUUUCCAGUAGACAAAUUGAUUUAACAGAUGUAGAAUAUGCAAGAGCGGUUAACUCAUCUAAAUCUAGUGAAAAACUAUACUGGAUAAAUAAACUAAAUGAAAGUCGUGAACGUGAGCAUUUAGCACGUCUUCAAAAUGGAAAUACUCAGUUGCGUACCAUUACCCAAGAUAGUAAUGCUAGUCGAAAUACAUUCAGGUCUGGUCGAAUGAGUGAUACUGCGGUUGUGAAUUUAUAUUGCUAUGACAAUGUAUUGGAUGGAACUCCAGCCAAGUGGAAUCGUAGCAUAGAGAGUUCUCUUGGGGACUAUGGACGCCAGUUUGGUAACAGUGAUAUUCUGGAAGAGGCCAGAAGAGCUGCUAGGCUACCUCCAAAAAAUAAUACUCCCAGUAACAGCAUUCCCAGCAAGAAGUCUGCUGAUGCCAAUUUUGUUAAGCCAAUUAUCUCGGGAUAUUUGUUGCGGCAAAAGCUCCAGAUCUCCCGCAAUGACACAGUCAUUGCUCCAUUGAAAAUACCCAAGAAAACCGCAACUCCCCGACUCAACCUAAUGGAACGGUAUGCAAGUGUUCAUAAUCCUGCAUCAAGUAGCAGUAAGUUUCAGGAAAAGAAAUCAAAGUUUGGUUUAAAGACCCCCCGUAACGUUAGUAUACCGGACAGUAGAGGGGUUCUGAAAAAAGAAUUGGAGGAAAUAUGCAUUAAAGGUGAAACAGGACCAAGAAAAGCCAUGUUUUCAAGUGCCACUUCCUGGAAAGAUAAGGGAGAUCUUGCUCGUAUCAAGGUCUUGACAAAUGGAAAUAUUAAAAGCAAGACUGAUUCAAUAAUUUCCACUGAAACAUUGAAAAAUAAGUUGAAAAGUGAAAAGGAUGCAGAACUAAAUGGACAAGAUAAAGAAAAUGAGAUAAUUGAAAACAGUUCCUCUAAAGAAGGUGAAGAGGAAAUGAUAGAAAAUAAUUAUUGCAUAGAAGAGACCAUGUCUGAUUAUGGAAGAAAGUCGGUAACCCAGUCGAGCUAGAGCAUGGAUCGGAGCCCUUUACAGGUUUUCCGAGCCCGUUCUGCUUGUACUUGGUCAAAGUGGACUCGCUCGCCUCCACUAGAAAAAAGGCUUCAAAAACUAACACUGUUGUCAUGUAAUAAAACUCUAGGCCAUUUCUAAGCUUUGCUGGCAUUGUUAUCUAAUAUGUUGUGCAUGUAUUAGUUUGUGGAUUGAGGCUUAUAAUGUUUAAAAAAUAAUGACGCUAUUAAAAGUUGUUUGUUGUGAUUACCUUCUAAUGUUGUUACAUAAAUCCAAAGCAUGUUCACUAAUUUUUAACCUGCUUUACAUGCAACGAAAGAUAUAUACAUUAUUUAUUUAAAUAUUUGACAAAGAGUUAAGGGAGGUUGAUAUUUGAAGAAACUUGGUAAAUUAUUUUGUUAAUUAAUGUUAAUGUUUUCGAUGACAAUGAAAAAAAAAAGAUAAUAAAAAAAGAAAAUUGAAUCCGGGUGGCAUAUAGAAGGCAUAAAUUUAUAUGUUCUGGAUACUAAGUUGGGAAAUAUUGCUCUUUUUAUUGGACUGAAUUAUUAUCGUCAAAUUGUUUUAGAAUACAGUAUACGACUUUCUUAUGCUAGGGAGAAGUCAAACGAUAGACAAAGCCUUAGUAGCUAAAUUGUAACAAAGGAAAAUUCAUUUGAAAAUCUGAAUCGAGAGAAUAAAAAAAGCUGUCACUUUUGUUUUCACCAUGACAAUUACGCACGUAAUUACGGUUAAUACUAAGUCAGUGGUUGUAGCGAAAAAGAGGAAAAAGUAGCUCGGUUGAUGAAACUAGACACCUCCAAGACAUCCCCAAUCCGCAAAAUUAACAUCGGAUCAAUAGCAGCCUGAAAAAAGAUGUUAGAAUUUAGUAAUAGCAACUAUUGAAUCUUAAUUGCAUGCUCGGAGACAUAGUGCGACCAAGAUUUUCCUGUACUUGUCUUAGAAAAUUAAAGACCACGUCAACAGCAUGUCUUGUAAGAACGUAUUUUAGCCCAUGUCAUUUCCUUUGUUUCCUGCUCCGAUAUUUCGUGUCUUGAAAGUUCUUUUGUAUUGUUUUUUGAAAAAGUAUAUUUCACUUUGUUUUUUGAAAAGGUAUAUUUUCAUUUUGAGUUUAUGCUUUGCUUGUUUACUAAUUUUACUGGAAUAGUUUAUAUGUACGUGUAUUUAAAUAAGAAACUUACAUUGGGGGCUGCCUAAGAUUAUCUAUUUUCCCGCAAAGCUCAAAAGUCGCCAUAUGGCAAAUUAUAAUUUUUAGAUAUUAUUGUAACCUAAAAUUCCACGUGCUUGCAUAAUCAUAUCGACGAAGGGAUGGUCGGAAAGAAACACGCGUGUCUCGCCGCAACCGCAAACCACACGAAACAUAAAAUUGUCUUGAUAGUUGAAUUUAGGAUAUAAUAAUGCCUUAACCAAAAUAAUUACAGUGGAAUGGCAAUGUAUUACCAUUGACGGUUCGUACUGUCUUUAUAGAAGAGUUCAUUCAAGUUUUGAACAGUAAUCCCAUUACGGAAUUUUUUUCCAUAUUGUCAGUUUUCAGUUGAGAUUGGUUUUAUUUUGCUUUCUUCAAGGGGGAAAAAUCAAUCAUUGUUGAAAAAAAGUAUCUUAAUUAACAAUCUCGCAGAAACUGAAAA